AUGGGUAUCGACCUCGUCGCCGGCGGGAGGAACAAGAAGACCAAGCGCACCGCGCCCAAGUCCGACGAUGUCUACCUCAAGCUCCUCGUCAAGCUCUACCGUUUCUUGGUCAGGAGGACCAAGAGCAACUUCAACGCUGUCAUCCUCAAGAGGCUCUUCAUGAGCAAAACCAAUCGCCCACCAAUCUCCCUGCGCCGCCUCGUCAAGUUCAUGGAAGGAAAGGAGAAGAACAUUGCUGUGAUUGUUGGCACAGUCACAGAUGACAAGAGGAUCCAGGAGGUUCCAGCAAUGAAGGUUACUGCCCUGAGGUUCACUGAGACAGCAAGGGCCAGGAUUGUCAAUGCUGGUGGGGAGUGCCUCACAUUUGACCAGCUUGCUCUCCGUGCUCCACUUGGCGAGAACACGGUCCUCUUGAGGGGCCCCAAGAAUGCCCGUGAGGCAGUGAGGCACUUUGGCAAGGCUCCUGGUGUGCCGCACAGCCACACCAAGCCAUAUGUGCGCUCCAAGGGAAGGAAGUUCGAGAAGGCUCGUGGCAGGAGGAACAGCCGUGGGUUCAAGGUUUAA